UAUUCACAAUCGGAGAGAGAGAAAUUGGGGGAAAAGGGGUUUAAGAAACUUGGAAGAUUCAGCAAUGGCGACAAUGAUAAUGUCAGAUCUUUCACGGGAUUUGGCAGAAGUGCUCAUUAGGGUUCCAUUGACAUCUCUAAGAGCCGUGCGAUUGACUUGCAAAAAAUGGAACGAUGUAUGCAAAGAUGGGAGCUUUCUAAAGAAGCAUAUCGUCGAAGCAAAGAAGAAGCAAGUGAAUGAGUUUGAGAUGAUCAUGAUGACGAAUUUUAAGGUUUAUCUGAUGACCGUCGAUCUCCACAGCAAUCUCGAACCAUCUAUUACGCUUAAAGGUACACUUUUUAGCCUGAAAGAUGAUGCAAAUCAUCAUCAUCAGGUGGAUGAUAUAAUUAGAGUCUGUCACUGCGAUGGUUUACUGUUAUGCAUCACCAAAGACCUCAACUCUAGGCUUGUGGUUUGGAAUCCUUACUUUGGGGAAACAAGGUGGAUCCAACCCAGAAAAUCUUACCACAUAUUGGAUGAUUACGCACUUGGGUAUGACGAGAAGAAGAGGUACAAAAUCUUGAGAUUUGUGGAUGAUUCUUACGCGUAUAGGGUAGAGGAACAAAUAUGUGAGUUUGAACUCUAUAGUUUUGAGUCUGAUUCAUGGAAGGUUGUUCUUACUGUCCCUCCUGAGUGGGAAAUAGAGUUUCAUAACCGUCUGUCUAUUAAGGGUAAUUCUUACUGGUAUGCUACUGACAGUGCAGAAGAUGGUGUUGGUUUCUUGAUCUGUUUUGAUUUCACUACUGAGAGAUUUGGACCGCGUUUGCCUCUGCCUUUUAACGCUUCCCUUCCUUACGAAGAUAUUGUUACUCUCUCUACUGUUGGGGAAGAACAGCUUGCGGUCUUGUUUCAGGACGAUGAUACAUUGAGGAUGGAGAUUUGGGUUACGAGUAAGGUUGAGCCUACAGAGGUUUUGUGGAACAAGUUUUUUUUAGCGGUUGAUAUGAGACCACUCAGUGGUUUCGCAUUUCUGGCAGACGCUGGGACAUUCUUCAUUGACCAGAAGAAGAAGAAUGUUGCAGUUGUUUUUGAUUAAGAUGUUGAUGCGUCUUACACUCGCGGCAUUGCUUACAUCAUUGGGAAUAAUGGAUAUUUCGAAAAAGUGGAUUUUGGCGAAGCAGCAGACCCGGAUUGUUACCCACUUGUCUUUUCUUAUGUUCCAAGCACAUUGCAAAUUAGGCAGCUAACCUGAUUAUCAUCAACUCGGCAUUGCUUGCAUCAUGGCAAGAAAGAAUACUUCAAAAAAGUGGUUCUUGGUGUAGCUGCAGACCCGAGUUGUUACCCCUUUGUGUGUUCUUAUGUUCCAAGCUCAGUGUAAUUCAAGUAGCUAACCUGAUUAGUAUUAUUAAACUACUGUAUUCGUUCUGUCAUCUUCGAUUGUAUAAUUCUGACCAUUGUUAUAUCUGUUAUCUGGAAUCUCAACAUGACCUCUAGUUUCUUUCUU